UUCCCCAACCCCCUCACAAGUGGAUGUCUGUCCUUGGCCCAGGGAAGACAUGGAGGUGUUGGCUCUGACGUUCAGCUACCCAGCAUUUAAAUAGGGGAUGUGGGAUAGCAAAAGGGAAUCCAGUUCUGGGAUUAAUAUACCAAGCCACUGUAGCACCCUUCAGUGGCAGCUGAGUCCUAGGCUGGAUGCUGGGAUCUUCACAAACAACUCUUGGAUUAAUGGUGGUGAGUGGUCUCAUAUCUAGCAGAAAACCAGUGUGUGUAAGUCACAGACCCUGAUGCUUAAAGGAUUAGGCAGGAAGGAGAAUGGGAUGCCAUUGGGCAGAUAUCUAGUUCAACCUAUUGGCCUCAGGGUGCCUCUGGAGUUGCCAGGGUUUAAAGAUGUGCUGAUGUAGACAGCAGCUUGUGGAAUCAUUGGGAUGAAAUGGAUCUGUUCUGACAGACUUGAAAUAACGCACUGCUUGCCAAAUUUAUCUGCUGUCUUUGUCUCUCUAAGCCUUUGGAGUGGUGCCGGCAAUAGCUGGAGAGGUGUUUAUAACAGAGUGACUUCUGGGGUCACAGACAUCUACACCCCUGUGUUCCCUGCUUUGUGCUCCGCCUUGAUUGUGAUCACUUUCUACGAAGACAAGCAUUUCCAGGGCCGUCGCUAUGAGUGUGACAGUAACUGCCCUGAUUUUCACACCUACCUAAGCCGCUGCAACUCCAUCCGAGUGGAGGGGGGUGCUUGGGUUGUCUAUGAGCGGCCUAACUUUGCAGGGAACAUGUACGUUCUGACCCAUGGCGAGUACCCCGAGUACCAGCGCUGGAUGGGCCUUAAUGACCGCCUCAGCUCAUGCAAAGCCAUUCACUUAUCCAGUGGAAGCCAGCACCACAUUCAGAUCUUUGAGAAGGGGGACUUUGGUGGCCAGAUGUACGAAUCUACGGAGGACUGCCCUUCAGUCAUGGACGAGUUCCACAUCCGGGAAAUCCAUGCCUGCAAAGUGCUGGAAGGGGCCUGGGUAUUCUAUGAGCACCCCAACUUCCGGGGCAGGCAGUACCUCUUGGAGAAGGGGGAGUACCGCAAGCCUGUUGACUGGGGGGCUGUGUCCCCCACUGUCCAGUCCUUCCGCUGCAUUGCAGAGUGAAGGGUGGGGCAGCUUCCCCUUUGCCAGGGAAACUGCGUGGAGUCUGUGAAUAAAGCAAGUGGCUGAUGCA